UGCUCUAAUUAUCUGUUUCUGUGUUCCUUGGUGUUUGAUAAGGAAGACCUGACAUGAUCUCCCAACAUUUAUCAUGUGUACAAACAACAAAUUGCCAGAAAAUGUCUUGGGGUUCUCAAAUUUGAAGCUGGACUUGGGUAUUAUACAGAUUUACACAUUGUAUAUCCUCUACUUAUUUUAUGAAAGUCCUUUGUCUUCUAGUUGGAAAGGAUUAUUAGGCCUCUAGAAGGCUAGGUGCUAUUACUCCAAAAGUGAAAAAAGAACUUUCAUUUAAUAACUCGAGUGGGAGUGGGGGUUUCAGGUGAUGAGUUUUGUCUUGUUUUCCCACUUAACAGCAGUUAGCAGUUCCUACUAUACAUUUUAAGCUGAGCUGAAAGUGAAAGCCUUGGACUGACUGAGUUUAUCAUGCAAAAGAUGUCACCUUUGCCUUUCUUUAAGGACAGUCAUUUAUUGGUUGACUGACACAAAUGUAGCAAGAGGCUCCGUGGUUCUGAAAAAGAGACUUCUUUGGACUCAAAGCAACUCUGUGCAGGAGUACUUGCGGGCAUAUUUCUUCAUUCUCUCUACUGCCUGGACCCACUGAGAGUUCCUUCGUUUUACUACAAGGAUGCAAAAAUGAAGUAUUUGAGGUGUGAGAGUAUGAGAGGAGCAAAGGAUGACACCUAGUUUUGGCCUAAGCAAUAGAAGAGGCCAUUAAGAGGGGUGAAGCUAACUGCAGGAGCAGUCUGAGGAGGACUGAGGCAUGGAGGCAGAGAGUUGGAGCUUGGUGUUGGUUUGAAGUGUGUUUGUCUUUUGUGUGACUCUUCAAACUUUACCUGCCAAACAGAAGGAGCAUGUUGGGCUUCUGUUAUGUUAACCAAUGGAAAGGAGCAGGUGAUCAAGUCCUGUGUCUCUCUCCCAGAAUUAAAUGCACAAGUCUUCUGUCAUAGUUCCAACAAUGUUACCAAAACGGAAUGCUGCUUCACAGAUUUUUGCAACAACAUAACACUGCACCUUCCAACAGCAUCACCAAAUGCCCCAAAGCUUGGACCCAUGGAGCUGACCAUUAUUAUUACCGUGCCAGUUUUCCUCCUGUCCAUAGCUUCAGUGCUGACAGUAUGGGCGUGCCAAGGUCGACAGUGCACCUACAGAAAGAAAAAGAGACCGAAUGUGGAGGAGCCCCUCUCUGAAUGCAAUCUGGUAAAUGCUGGGAAAACUCUAAAAGAUCUGAUUUACGAUGUGACUGCCUCUGGAUCUGGCUCUGGUCUGCCUCUGUUGGUUCAAAGAACAAUUGCAAGGACGAUUGUACUUCAGGAAAUAGUAGGAAAAGGUAGAUUUGGUGAGGUCUGGCAUGGAAGAUGGUGUGGGGAAGAUGUGGCUGUGAAAAUAUUCUCCUCCAGAGAUGAAAGAUCAUGGUUUCGAGAGGCAGAAAUUUAUCAGACAGUUAUGCUGAGACAUGAAAACAUCCUUGGUUUCAUUGCUGCUGACAACAAAGAUAAUGGAACCUGGACUCAGCUUUGGCUUGUCUCUGAAUAUCACGAACAGGGUUCCUUAUAUGACUAUUUGAAUAGAAACAUAGUGACAGUGGCUGGAAUGAUCAAGCUGGCACUAUCAAUAGCUAGCGGUCUGGCCCACCUUCAUAUGGAGAUUGUUGGUACACAAGGUAAACCUGCUAUUGCUCAUCGAGAUAUAAAAUCAAAGAAUAUCUUAGUGAAAAAAUGUGAAACUUGUGCCAUAGCAGACUUAGGGUUGGCUGUGAAGCAUGAUUCAAUACUGAACACUAUUGACAUACCUCAGAACCCUAAAGUAGGAACCAAAAGUGGCCCAGGACAACCUGUAAAUUUGAUGUAUAUGGCCCCUGAAAUGCUUGAUGAUACAAUAAAUGUGAAUAUCUUCGAGUCCUUCAAACGAGCUGACAUCUAUUCUGUUGGUCUGGUUUACUGGGAAAUAGCCCGGAGGUGUUCAGUUGGAGGAAUUGUUGAGGAGUACCAGUUGCCUUAUUAUGACAUGGUGCCUUCAGAUCCCUCGGUAGAAGAAAUGAGGAAGGUUGUUUGUGACCAGAAGUUCCGACCAAGUAUUCCAAACCAGUGGCAAAGCUGUGAAGCACUCCGAGUCAUGGGGAGAAUAAUGCGUGAGUGCUGGUAUGCCAAUGGGGCAGCACGACUAACUGCUCUUCGGAUUAAGAAGACUAUAUCUCAACUUUGUGUCAAAGAAGACUGCAAAGCCUGAUGAUGAAAAUCAUGUUAAAAAGAAAUAAUCACACAGCUUUCUUUCUCA